CAAUCCGGAUCGCCUCGGUUCGAUCUGGUCAAUUUCGCUCGUCCGGAUUGGUGGUCUUAGUGCAGUUUGGAGACUUUCGACUCGAGCGUCUAGUUACUCGUGAAUUAUGGCGGCGAUAAAACUAACGUUCCAAAAUUCUACUCUGUAGCUCACGACUAAUCUCUGCCCAGCACCGUUCGCGGCGCCAUAGUGGGCGAAGUAGAGGUAAUGUUCCAACAGCAAAAUCGAAGUGAAAUUUGUGUUGUGAAUUGGAGCGAUAGUUGUAGCCGAACUGAGGAGAUUUUUACCGGAAUAACUUGCGAAUUCCCGUCGCGAAAGAUGGAAAUGGAUUGAUCGCAAGCCCGUCGUAGAGUAUCUAUUGUUGUAGUAUCACAUAUAUAAUUCAUCGUAAUCAUGUCUUACCCCGGUCAGCCACCUAUGGGUAUUCCAGGGAUGCCUCCGAUGCCAUACAUGGUUGGUGCACCUCCUCCAAUCAUAGGAGGAGUAAUGCCUAUGGCACAUAUGAUUCCAACACCCGUAUCUGCGAUGCAGACAUCCGCGCCAGCCGUGCGUUAUUCGCGCAAUCAGAAUCGCCACGAUAAUAAUCGUCGGCGGGAAAGGGAGCCCGGUCCGCCUGUCACCGUGUUCGUUGGUAACAUAAUGGAUAGAGCGCCCGACGUGAUGAUGCGUCACAUUCUGGGUGCCUGUGGUCAUGUACUUUCAUGGAAAAGGGUACAGGCGUUUGGGUUUUGCGAAUUCGCGGGCCCUGACGCUGGUCUCAGGGCGGUGCGAUUAUUGCACGACAUGGAAAUUGGCACGAAGAAACUUCUCGUCAAGGUAGACGCUAAAACUAAGGUAGUCCUGGACCAAUUCAAAGCUGAACGAAGGAAGAAAGUAAGGGGCGGUCAGUCACCCUUGCAAGACGAAACAUCCACGGAGGGAGCCGAUGGCGAGGACGUCGAAGACUAUAUGGACGAAGGUAUGAGAGUGGUCGACGCCGACGCGCUCACUCGUAUCAACCAGAUCAUAGGGGAACAUGCCAUAGACUUGGAAAUGGCGCAAGUUGCUCCAGAGGAACACCAGACAAAAAUAGUAGCUAAGUCCUUAAACUUGGAUGACACGGAGAUAGAAGAAAGUAAAAGAGACUUGAUUACUCGGGAGAUUGGCAAAUUCAGAGAAGUCAUGAAGAAGCAGGAAGAGGAGAAGGCCCAGGUGAAGCGAAAGAAGGAAGCAGUCGAGAAGGAGGAGCGCGAGAAACGGGAAAAGGAGCGGCGCGAUAAGCGCGACGACGACACCAACAAGGACGAUCAGGAUGGAGAUCUCGGUAGUCCUACGUCUCAUAAAGGUCGUAGCGAUAGUACCGGCAGCAGUAGAAGGGAUAAACGUCGAUCCAGAUCUCGGUCUAAGGAACGCGACAGAGACCGAUCGAGAAGCGAUCGAGAUCGGGAUCGAGACAGAGACCGCGAGAGAGAUCGAGAGCGGGAACGGGAACGGGAACGGGAGCGGGACCGGGAUCGCGAAAGGGAACGCGAGCGGGAGCGUGAGCGAGACCGGGAGAAGGAGAGAGAUCGGGAGCGGGAAAGAGAGCGGGAGCGCGAGGAGAUGAGAAAAAGUGAGAGAGAAAUUAUGCGCGAAAGGGAAGAGGAGGAAGAAGCGAAGGAGAGGAAGAAGAACGACAGGCGAGCGAGAGAGAAGGAAGCAGCUUACCAGGAGCGUUUAAGGGCGUGGGAGACGCGCGAGAGACGUAAAUUGAAGGAGUACGAGAAGGAAGCGGAGAAGCGUCGCGGGAAACGUGAAACCCGCGAGAGAGAAGCGAAGCGUCUGAAGGAAUUUCUCGAGGACUAUGACGACGAUCGCGAUGACACCAAGUAUUACAAGGGCAAAGAGCUGUCCCGUCGACUGGAGGAACGCGCAGUGGAGGCCGAGGCAGACUCGCGGGAUCGAUGCACUGAACGCCAGGAGCUUCAGCGUUUACGUGACAAAUUGUACGCUGAUGCUUCUCAUCCAGAUCCUGCCGCGGAAUUCGAAAGAUUGAAAGCCGAACGGGAAGAGCAAUACAAGCCUAAACCAGUAAUUACUAUAAUCGACGAGGAGGACGAGAAGACGACGAAAAAAGAAGAACCGAUGCCGCCAAUAGAAACCGAGCCAAUUGAGAGCGAUAGCGACGACGGGGUGCAAUUUGACGACGCUUCUCAGCCGGAAGUUCCGUCCAGAACACCACCACGACAUCAUCAUCACCAUCGCCGGCAUCAUAGACAUCAUCAAAAUCAUCAUCGUGACGGUGAAGAAAAUCAAGAAGGCAGCAUAGAAACAGCGGACCGAGAAAGCUUGAAAGACGCACGGCCGUCGCCGGUCCAAGCCACGACACCUGCUCAAUCCAUUCCACCGACGCUGGACGAAGAUUCGCGCAUGUCGUUAGUCAGCGAGCCAGAGAAGACAAGCGGCAGUAAUUUCGUUCCGUUCGCUAUGGGGAGUGGAGGCAAUCGUGCUAGCGGAGAUCACGCCGUUGGAAACAAAACGCCAGUUAGUCCGAGUGCAGCUGCCAAUGUAAAUUCGCAACAAGCGAAUCAAACGCGGAAGAAAGGUCGUAUAGACGUUAAAGACGUUUUUAAUAACGAUGACGAUGAUGAUGCAGCUAACACCGCAAAGAAACGUAAACUCGUACCACUGGAUUACGGCGAAGAUAAAAAGAAGAAAACGGAAGAAACUACGAAACCAGGGAAAGAGGAAAGUACAAAAAGUCAAGAGGAAAAGCGAAAGCACAUCAAAUCUCUCAUAGACAAAAUACCUACCGAUAAGAAUGCUUUAUUCGGUUAUCAACUCGACUGGGCAGUGAUAGAUAACACACUGAUGGAAAAAAGAAUCAGACCUUGGAUCAAUAAGAAGAUCAUUGAAUACAUCGGUGAACCGGAACCUACUUUAGUAGAUUUCAUCUGCAGCAAAGUCAUGGCGGGCAGUUCUCCUCAGGGAAUACUUGACGAUGUACAGAUGGUAUUAGAUGAAGAGGCGGAAGUAUUCGUAGUCAAAAUGUGGAGGUUACUAAUCUAUGAAGUGGAAGCUAAAAAGAUGGGCUUAGUGAAGUAAUGGGAAUACUAUCUGAAGAAUUUUAUCACUCACGGUUUAUACAAAUAUAUUCCCUCAACUAAGACGAUGUCUAGAAAUUACACGUAAUCUAGGCGUAAUUUAUCUAUCAUACUAUGAAAAUGGACGGGGAAAAUACUGUCAUGGAUUCGAUAUUGACUUUAAAUGUGUAGUAGUUAUAGCGUUAAAUAAACUUGUAAUUACGAUUUAUAAUAUGUCGGGCACUUUUCAAUUUAUCUGUGAUUGUCUAAACGUGACAAUUUUGUAUAGAAAAAAUAAAGUUCUAUUAGUAUAAUUUAUUUCAAUGUUAAGAGGAUGUCAUAUUUCUCUGCAAAAUUUACAUUGUAGUGAUAUAGAAACUACUAAAAAUUAUAAAUAUUGCUACAUAAUAGAAGUACGUGUAAAAAUAAAUUUGAGCAUUGCCCAAUAUGUGACAAAAAGAUUAAAAAAAUUAUAUAUAUAUAUAUGUAGAUUUAUUUGUUACGGAAUGCUCCAAUUGACAAAAGUUUCACUUUUCACUGAGAUAAGUGUUUUUUAUCACAUGAGUUUAUCCCUUUUGACAUCCUUUUAAUAUUGUUUGUAACAUUAGGUUAAAUUAGGUGAUAUGGAUUUCUUAUUACUUAAAAAUUAUAUUACUAUGAAAAUGUAUUUUUAAACUUUUUUUCAUCAUAGAUCAUCAUAUCAAAGGUAUCCAUAUUACAUUUAUCUGUUCUUUCA